GCCCAAGAAAAGAACAAGUCCAACUCUCACACUACCAUCAGAGCCUCGGGCGCACUCGACAUACGUACACCGUAUAGUUCUGUCUGUGAUCCUGCCAUGGCGAUGGCGAGGCGGCAGCUGAUGGGGUGGGUGUCGGCGGCGGCGGACGCGACGUCGUGGUGCGUGGCGCUGUCGCUGGUGGCGAUGCUGCUGGUGGUGUGCACGCUGGGCGGCGCCGGCGAUGGUGCCGGUGCUGCGGAGGGCGGCGGCGUGGUGGUGGUGCGGGGCGCGGCGCUGUCGGCGCGGCCGUGCGAGGAGAUCUACGUGGUGGCGGAGGGCGAGACGCUGCACAGCAUCAGCGACAGGUGCGGCGACCCCUUCAUCCUGGAGCGGAACCCGCACGUGCACGACCCCGACGACGUCUUCCCCGGCCUCGUCAUCCGGAUCACGCCGUCCAAGCCAAGGUAGAGUAGAGUACUAGAGCGAUGAUCCAUCGGUCGUCGGAAAGUGUUUGUUGGUGUUGGAUCGAGUGGGUCAAACAGAGCUCGUUGCUGUGUAUCGUCUCUGCGAACUGCGUACGUGCCGCAGUGCAGAGGGAGCGUAGCAGUGCAGGGGAUGCCAUGCACUCGUACGGAGUAGUGUAGCAGCUCUGAACGAGGCGUGUGUGUGGCUAACUUGAAGGCCUGUCAGCCUGUGUAUAACUUGUAAGGGACAUCACUGCCGUUGUAAACAGAGAAGUUCAUGAGAUGAACAAAUUUCUGCUGAUGCUGCUGUUGUUCGCC